AUGUUUGCAAGGAGCUCAGGAGCUCUGAAGGCGUCUGCAAGACAGAGCUCGAAUCUCUUGGUCUUCCCAGCACGGCAGUUCCAUAAUUUGUCGUCUGCUGCCCGCCGUACUCAGCGGUUUCAACGAGUAGGCACAUCGGUUUCCACAAAGCGAUGGGCUACCUCCACAUCUCCUACAUCCUCGACCACGGACCCAGCAGAGGUUGAGUCCAUGCAAUGCCUGGAACAGGGCACACAAAAGCUUGAAGAGGGAGACGUUCAGGGCGCUAAGGUAUUAUACCAACGUAGCGUAGAGAUCAAGCGUAAUGCCAGCUCUCUGUUCAACCUUGGUGUGACACACUAUCACCUCAAGGAAUUUGACGAGGCCAUAGCGGCGUGGAAGGAGUCCAUAGCUCUGCAGCCGUCAAGUCCAGAUGCCCACACCAACCUUGCAAGUGCAUAUAUCGUGUCACCUGUGAGCCGACCCGACCUCGCACUGCACCAUCUCCGCGUCGCAGUAUCACUGUCACCCGACGACCCCGAGAUUGCGUUCAAUCUCGCAGCAGUCCUUGAAGCAUGCGGCCAGCUUGAAGAGGCCCUCGUGUAUUACAAGCGCAGCAAAGAGUACGGCGUCGACCGCGCCGCAAUGCACAUUCGCAACGUCAGCGCCAAGAUCCUCGGACAAAAGAUGAAGGCUGCGGAAGAGGAAGAGAAGCGCGCUCAGGGCCAGGACGGCCCAUCAUCGUCACAGACAUCGUCCUGA